AUGGCGGUUGCGCGCCGCCUGCUCCUGCCGGCGGCGCUGGCCUCCGCGUGCGCCGCGCUGCACCUGCCGCCGCCCCGCGCCGCCCUGCUGCAGGGCGGGGAGGGCGGCCGCCUUGCGGGUGACGGCCGGCACGCGGCCAACGCCUCGGCGGCCAAGGGGCACACUGUCAGCUCGGGUCUCCGCGCGCUGGGCGGGGAACGUGGUGUACGCCAUCCCGACGACGCCAUCCCCAGGUACCACGAGGCCCUGCUCGCCCAGCUGGACACGUGGGCGGCCCGCCCCGCGGCGCAGGGCAGGUACGUGGCCGUGGGCGGCAGCAACUACCCCGAGGAGUGGCAGGGCAGCAACGUCCUCCGGUCGGAGUGCGGGGACGACAUGAAGUCGAUCUCUUGCAAGGAGGCUACGCUGCUGGCAGAGGGCGCGUCGCGCGGGGCGGACUGGAUGUACGUGAUCGGCGAGGACAACUACGUGCACACGGGGCACGUCGAGGAGUUCUUGAGCGACAAGGACCCCAGCGCCGCUGUCGCGUACGGCGGCGUCGGGUGCGGGAAAGGGAAGUUUUGCCGCGACGUCAAGGCGUACGAGGAGGGAGGUGGUUUCUGCGGCGGCCAGGGGUACAUCAUCAGCCGUGCCGCCCUGCAGCUUCUCUUGGCCGACGGCGCACCGGCGCUGCACGCGAUCUACGACAAGAGCGCGUGGCCGAACGACAUGACGACCAGCUGCCAGCUCCGGAAGCGCGAGGUGAGACUCGCCAGCGGGAAGAGCAUGUACAGCCAGCCGUUCGCGAAGAUCGCGGACUACGAGGGUAUGGCGCACAGCGACUUUCUCUCCUCGCACUACAUCAGCCCCCCUGUCAUGAGGUGGCUCCACGCGGAGGUUGAGGGCGCGCCAGACUCCGUGAAGAUGCCGCUCAAGGAGAAGGCGUUCGACAACGGGUGCGCAAUCGGCAUGGACAAGCCUCACUGGGCAAAAGAGUGGGCGGAUUGUCAGGCGACAGAGGGCGGGCGGAAGCAGUGA